AUGUGGAUACUGUACGGAUGUUUCAUUGCGACGUUCUUCUAUCUGCUUACGGUCACGAAUAUUUUCGAGACGAAUAAAAGUAUUUCUGAACUUAUCAAGAAGAAACCAGCUACAGAAUACCCACAGGGUUUCCACGUCUCAUCGAGGCCACUUCAAAAUCGAAACGUCGUCGAAGCGGUACUAUCGUCAUCGACGCAGGACGUAUUUGACACAUGUCCUUUUGUGUCUCCCGAUCCUUGGGAUCCAGAAAUUAUUAAUUACAUUGAUGUGAAAUACGGUUUUUUCGAUAACUGUACAGUAAACGUGAAAUGGUCUCCUAUUACGGAAUUACGAAAUGGUCAUGUUCGGCUGCUACGAGCCGGCAGUGCUCGUAAAUACGAAUGCCGAGCGAGGUGUGUGAACUAUCAGGAUGAGGAGCAUGUGACGUUCGAGGCUUGGCGAGAUAUCGAGGAUCCUUCACCAUUCUACUGCGAUUUCGUUCAAACGGAAUGCAGUUCCAGAAAAAGGACCAUAUCCUAUGUGCAUAUGCAAAUUGCUGAGUUAAGUACGAAGUCCAUACAUGCGAACAUUCAUCCGCAUGUGCACAUCAUUCUCUUGGAUUCGGUAGCAUCAUCACAAGCCAUAAGAGCCCUACCAAGGACCAUUAACUUUCUUACCAACGCUAUGGAAGCAGUUCAGUUCAGAAAAUUAAAUAAGGUUGGAGCGAAUAGUCGACCGAACGGUUUUGUGAUGCUCUUUGGGAAGACAACCGAACCAGUGAUGCGUGAAAUUAUCGACAUGGAGCCAAUUCCUGCCGACUGGACAUAUUCGACCUAUUGUAAACAGUUCCUUGAUGAGUCGAUCUAUAUUCCUAUUCAGUAUAGAAAUGCCGGAUACAAGACGUUCGGUGCGCAAGACUAUGAGGCUAGCUUGUUGAAUUUUCCGAACUGUUUGGGUUUAAAGGAACAAGAAUUUCAGCACACAUAUAGGCCAUUCGAUUUAUUGGUGUCGAUGGAUCGAAAACUAAAGAUCGCUCAUGAGAAUGCAUCCUGUUCGAAAUCGCACAAUAAUAUGCUCAAGUAUUUGGAAACGUUCCUAAAUUCUUAUAAAGGGAAUCGUAACACAGAUUCGUCAAAAUUCUCGCUGUCAUGGGUGACAAAGUUAGCUCACGACGAUUCUGGUCGGCUGUACAAAGCGGACUUUGAUUUGUAUAACUUCUUCCUGAGAAAUCGACAUGAGGAGACAAAAACGCCUUUUGGUAGGAAUGAAGCCAACAAUCCUUUUCUGUAUGUUAUUGUACCCAAAUCACUACGUAAUUCGGAUGUGUUCAAAGUUUUAAAGGCGAAACAACAAGAGCUUAUCACUCCUCAUGACAUCCAUGCAACUCUGAAGGAUAUUCUCGAGGAGCAACCAUUUUCGAAUUUCAACGACACCACAUUUAAGUCUUUUUUGCCGUCAAGCCGUGGUUCAUCACUGUUGCGCGAAUUUGAGAAAGGUGUACAGCGAAACUGCAAAACGCUUCCGAUACCGUUUCAGUAUUGCAUUUGCCAAUACGCCAAAAUACCGCUGGAUGACGACGGGUUAGCGAUAAAACUUGGUCAGUUCGCCGUUGAUGGCAUCAACGCUAUCAUUAAGCAAAACAACGAAUCCGAGAACUGUUCACAUCUUAUUCUCCAUCAGGACUCUGUUAUUACGGUGGAAACAAAUUGA